ACAAACGGAGAGACAUUAGUUGCAUGUGAACUUUAUUUGUGAGCCAAGGGGAAAGGUCCAAAGCCAGAGCAGGAUGGGGGACGGAAAAACGGGACGGGGCUAACAAAAGCCAGCCGCUCCUCCCGGCUUUCCCUCGUCCGCCGACAGGCGCCCCGAGCCGGGGAAGGAAGAGGCCCGAGGCAGACGGGCCGCGGAGGACCGGUGGCGGGGCAGCGGGGAAAGCGGAGGGCCGGAGUGGGGGCGUCCUGGGCCCUGCUGACCCCGCUGGGCCGAGCACGGGCGCCGCAGCCGCAGGCCUACCCCCGGCAGGCGGCGGCCAUCGCGGGUUCGCCGCCCCCGUGCGCCCCUCCGAGGACAGAGGGGUGGGGGCAGAGGAGGCGGAGGAAGCGGCGGCGGCGCCAGGAACAGGGAGGAGGCGGCACGCCGAGGGAGGGAGCCGGAGCCGGGCCGGGCCCCGCAAGAGCAACAGCAGCGCCAGCUCCUCCUCCUCCUCGGUGAGUCCCGCUUCGCCACGCCGGGAGGUUGCUCGCCGCCGAGCCCGGAUGCCGGCGCAGGCCGCGCCGCGCCGAGGUGUCCAGGGAGAGGCCCGCGCCAGGAGCGGGACACCGCGGCCUCCGCUGGUUCACUUUCCGUUUUGGAGGUCGGAGGAUGGCCCCGUCUCCAGGUGUGCAGGUGUCCCCAGGUGACGGUUUCGAGCCGCCAGUGCGAGGCUUGUGCGGCGGAGGAGCCCCGGGGUGCGGGGCGUCGCGUCGUUGUAAGGUGCGGGUGCGCCAAGGGCUCCUGAAAGGGUGCUGCUCUCCAGACAUUGCUUCCUAUUGUGUAUAUAUGGGGCACGUGGAGUUCAAGAGGCUUCCUGUCUUCCAUGGAACAUUCUUUUAUCCUGUCAUCUGCCAAGUGCAAUAGGUUGAUAAUUUAAAAGAAAUCUCAGGAAAUGGCUCUUGAAGUUAAAUGAGGCUGGAUAAAACACAUAAAUGAAGCAGAAGCUGCUCUGCGUGUGUUAAGGCUCCAUCACCACAAGCACUGCUGAUCAACCAGACUUGGUAACUUGUCAUAAUGAAGAAAAUUAGUCUCAAAACAAUUCGCAAAUCCUUUAACUUAAAUAAAAGUAAAGAUGAAAGCGACUUUGUAGUGGUUCAACAGCCAUCAUUAAGUGAAUUUGGAAAAGAUGACUCCUUGUUUGGCAGCUGCUAUGGCAAAGAUUUGGCUAGCUGUGAAGUCAAUAGUGAAGAUGAAAAAGGAGGCAAAAACAGAUCAAAAAGUGAAAGCCUAAUGGGUACGUUAAAAAGGAGGCUUUCAGCAAAGCAAAAACAGAAAGGCAAAGGCAGCACACCAUCUGUAAGCUCUGCAGAUGAUGACACCUUUUCUUCCUCAUCUGCUCCAAUAACCUUCAAAGAUGUGCGAGCUCAAAGACCUCUGAGAUCUACUUCCCUCCGUAAUCACCAUUACAGUCCAACUCCUUGGCCCCUUCGACCUACAAAUUCAGAAGAGACUUGCAUCAAAGUGGAAGUGAAAGUUAAGGCCUUGGUCCAUUCCUCCAAUCCAAGCCCAGCACUGAAUGGCGUUCGAAAGGACUUCCAUGAUUUGCAGUCAGACAAUGUGUUCCAGGAGCAAAAUAGUGUGUUAAAAAAUACAGAAUCUCAGAACGGGGACUUGCAUCUUCAUAUUGACGAACAUGUGCCUGUAGUUAUUGGAUUAAUGCCUCAGGACUACAUUCAGUAUACUGUGCCUUUAGAUGAGGGAAUGUAUCCUUUGGAAGGAUCACGUAGUUACUGUCUGGAUAGUUCCUCACCCAUGGAAGUUUCAACUGUUUCUUCUCAAGUGGGGGGAAAUGCUUUCCAUGAAGAAGAAAGCCAGGUGGAUCAGGAUGUAGUCGUUGCACCAGAUAUCUUUGUGGACCAGACGGUGAAUGGUUUGUUGAUUGGUACCACAGGAGUCAUGUUGCAAAGCCCAAGAGUUACUCACAGUGAUGUCCCUCCACUCUCACCUUUGCUACCUCCAAUGCAGAAUAAUCAAAUCCAAAGGAACUUCAAUGGAUUGAAUGGCACAGAUGCCCACGUGGCUGAAAGUAUGCGCUGCCAUUUGAAUUUUGAUCCUAACACUGCCCCUGGAGUUGGACGAGUUUAUGAUUCUGUACAGAACAGUGGUCCUAUGGUUGUGACAAGUCUCACAGAAGAACUGAAAAAGCUUGCAAAGCAAGGAUGGUACUGGGGCCCCAUUACACGUUGGGAGGCAGAGGGAAAAUUAGCUAAUGUGCCUGAUGGCUCAUUUCUCGUUCGAGAUAGUUCUGAUGACCGUUAUCUUUUAAGUUUGAGUUUUCGUUCCCAUGGAAAAACUCUUCACACUAGAAUUGAACACUCAAAUGGUAGGUUUAGCUUUUAUGAACAACCAGAUGUGGAGGGACAUACAUCUAUAGUUGACUUAAUUGAACAUUCAAUCAGGGACUCUGAAAAUGGAGCUUUUUGCUAUUCAAGAUCCCGACUUCCUGGAUCUGCAACUUAUCCAGUGAGACUGACAAAUCCAGUGUCUCGUUUUAUGCAGGUGCGUUCUUUACAAUACCUGUGUCGUUUUGUAAUACGUCAGUACACCAGAAUAGACCUGAUUCAGAAACUGCCUUUGCCAAACAAAAUGAAGGAUUAUUUACAGGAAAAGCACUACUGAAAGCUUAUGGGAAUCUUGCAUCUUGCACUUUGGGAAUGACAACAACAAAAAGAGAUUGAAUUACAGUUUACAGACUUACAUUGUUAUCAAAAUCUUUUGCUGCCAUAAAAAUAUUUCUUUUUUUUGUGUGUGUAAAAGAAAAGUAAUGCAUUUGGAUUUAUGUUUGUUUUGGGUUUUUUUUGUGUAUUUUGGGGGGCAUUUUUUUUUUGGAAAGAAUGAUCUCAAGUUUAUUUUUAGAAGUGUGAAAUAGCUAUCUUUCAUCAAUGUGCAGAUUAAUCACAAUGUGAAUGAUAAAAUUCUCCUUAAUUUCCCCCAAGUCCUUUGCUGCUAUCCACUGUGAUUUUUAUGCAUUGAAAGCACAUUUCAUGUGUAUUCAACUAUAAGUAAAAGUCAAAUAAAACUUGUUGAAUGGAUUUUUUUUUCCUUUAAAAUAGCCUAUCUUAAAAAAAAAUGAUCAUGGAUGAAAACAUAUUGGUGUUCUAAAUUGCAGAAUUUAUAUCUAUGUUUAAAACCAUUUCCUAAUAUCCUAAUUAUAAAUUUCUAGAGAGAUAUGGCCUAAUGUAGAAAUUGUAGACAGAGAUGUGUGAUAAGAAUAUGGUUAUGCAGCAUAUCUUUGGAAAAAAAAACCACCUUUCCCCUAAGCCUUGUGUUGUCUGUACACUUUUUUUUUUCUGUUGUAAAAGGUUGGUUUAGCCUUCCUCUUGUCUCAGCAUUUUGUCCUUCUAAAAAUGGCCUUUAAAAAAAAAAAGACAAGUCUAUGAAAGUCAGUGUGUAGUACCUAUAAGGAGCUUGUGAUGUUUGGGUCCAAUAUUACCUUUUAAAAUCAUGCCAUCAGCUAAAUGAACAUCUAGUGGGUGUCCUGUUUCUGUCGUUUUCUCUCUGACCUUCUCCUGGGGGGUGGAUGGGCAGGGGAGAAUUGCCUGCAUUUGUAGGAAGACUGUAGGAAUUAUAAUGGGAACAUAAAUUGUCAAGCCAUUUUAGUGAUCAGGUAGAACUUCUGACAGGACAAUUUCUACAGUAUAUAUUCAAGCUACUUUAAAUUUUGUCAUUUUCCCUUUUCUGCACUUUUUCCUCUUCAGAAAUGCAGUAAUACACUAAUAUCCUUUGGAACAUUUUCUCUCCCCCCCCCCCCCCCCCAUUUUUUUUUAAAUGUGUUUUGGGGAGGAAUGAACAAGACUGAUACCAUUUUGGAUUGAAGAUGCUUCAGAUGUAUCUCUAAAGCUCCAUUCUCAUAGCCUUUCAAAAUAAGGGGAAAGAGGUUUGGAUAUUCAAUGACCGCAGAAAAUGUUUAAGUUUAUUGUCAUGAAAUAUAUUUUCACAUAUAAAACACUGAACCAAUUAAGUAAAUGUUUAUGAUAUCUGUCAAAGAUUCUGGCAUUUUAAAAGCUUACAGUUAUUCUAACCUUCUGUAGGGUAAAAAAGACUUUCAGCGGGGAGUAUAGGUUCUACACUAAUAUUUCUGUCAUGCGAGGUUAAUUCAUGGCAUUUACCUGUUUUGUUUCAUUUGUGUCUGUGUCCUCUUGUCGUCCUGUGUGCCCUCAGCCCGCUCCCUUUUGCCCUUGAUUCUGUCAUAUCUCUGAGUUAUUUGUUGAAGGGGUCAUAGCUAGCUUGGAGGAGAGGCUAGCUUUGCCUGCCUCUGCCACCGCUUCCUGUUUUUGAAUGUCAUCUUCCCUGUCUCUAGUAAAAAUGGCUAGUCAGUAAACAUAAGCUUAGAAAAGGCUAUUCAUCCUUGAUACAGCUUUCUUGUUUAGGUCAUUUUCUUCUUAUUUAAUGUAGCCUUUUUGUCCCCUGAAAUGAGUCUUUAGUACUGAAUACAGUAUUGCUGCAAGGUGGUGCAGUAGCACUACAUCUUGGGUUGCCUGAAUUGAUAGACAAAAUUUAUAUUUUUUUAAUUUAUUUUUUGACCAUAAUGUUUAAAAGAAAUACAUAAAAUAAAAUCAAAGGUAGGUAAGACUGCCUUUGCUUUUAAGGGAGGAAAAAUAAGGAAUUUUUUUUUUUUAGUCUGAUAAAGUUUUAAGAAUUAAAAAAAUAAUCUAGAGCAGUCUAUAUAGGUUAUUUGUUGGCUCUGCCAUUGAGAGAUAUGUAUGAAAGUGUGAAUUCUGUUUUCUUUUUUUUCCUCUACUGACUGAAUUCCCCCCAGACCCUCCCACCCCCACUGAAUCAGGAUCACUAAAUUAAAAAAGGCACAAUAACCUGUUGUAUGGUACAGUGUUCUGAUUCUGUCUGUGGGGAGGAAAAAGAAAAUAAUUUGUAUGAAUUUCAGAUACAUACUUUUAGAAGAAAAUCUCUGGCAUUUUCUUCACUUUAAAAAUUCUUUCCCCAUAUAAGCUAGAGGGUCUAUGCAUUCUACAGAAUCUUUGAAAGAUUAUAGUAUAUUAAAUAUUUUCUUUGCCAUUUAAUACCACUAUUGAGUACAUUAAACAUAUGUUCAUGCUAUGCCACAUGCAUUAAAUUAUUGCAGUGAAACUUAAAUGUUUGAAGAUAUAAAUAAUAUCCAGGUCUUAUUGCUGAAUUGAAAAUCAUGCAAGAACACACAUGCCAAAUUUUUUGCCCAUGCUUUCAGUUUGUUCACUCACACAUGUUGAUUUUUGUUUUUUAAAGAAAACCAAAAUGCAACAACUUUGCUUUAGUGAUCCAUUUUUUUAAAAUUGCCUUCCUUACUGUGUUCUUAAUCUGUGAACUUAAUCAGGUCGAGUUAACUUUGUCAUUUUUUUUUUCCCCACCAUAAUGCUUCCUCAAAAGGAAUGCUGUAAAGUGAUUGAGGCCUGGGAUAUGAGAACCAUAUAGCACUUGCUUCUAAAUAAAAAAUGGUGGUGAUAUUUCUACUAAGACUCAAAAGAUUUUAAAUCAGUAGUAAAUAGACAUAAGUACUUAUUUUUACAGGUUUCAUUAAUCGGAGCCUCAUGGUGUUUUUUUUUCAUACUGAGGUAACUGGCCAACCAUGUGAAGGAACCCAGAAAAAUUACUUUGAAAACAUUAAAGAUACUUACAAUUUCUUACAAUAAAGAUUAAUAUAAAAGAAAAACAGUAACAUUUAUGUAUGAGAAAAUUGAAAAGUACUCAGAGUAACCACAAAAAUUAUGUUCUGCUUCUUGAAAAUUAGAGGAACACAGUGUCCUUGACAAAUAAAAGGAAAAUGAUUGAAGAUAUUUUGUGGACUUUUGGAAGUAGAUACCCUAAGAGUAAAAGCUAACUGACCAUGAUCCUUAUAGAGUAGAAAUGUGGCUAUUUAUUCAGCACAACAGUUUAAAGUUUCAAAAGGUAUGGUUUUUAUGCAACUGAAUUAUAGAAAAAAAUGCUUUUGAAUAUGAAACUUUGAAAUAAAGCUCCUUUUUUGAGCAUUUGAAAUUAUUGACAUUAUUGAUAAUAUUGUUUACCAAUUAGAAGCAUAAAACAACACCUUGUAUUUGGAAAUAGAAAAAUAAAUUUGCACAAUUUUCUCUGUGUGGGUUUUUUUUUUGUUUUUUUUUGUAAGUCAGUGUUAUAAACAACUGAAGGUGAUUUGUGUUCUUUGAUCUAUUUGAAGGAUAUAGCACUUACCCUGCUGUUGACAUAGUGAAUGCCAUCUUUUUAUCAAAAUAUUUUUCUGUCAGAAGGAUCAGGAAUGCAAUUGUUAAUUAAACUCUUUGUUCUCAUAUGAGCUGACUUUGUAUUUUGUUAGAGCUGUUUUUCUUUCUGUGAAUUUUGACUGCUGGACUAAGUGAAAUCUGUGCAGUUUUUGUUUUGAUGCAUUUCAUUUAUGUGAAUACUGGAAUCACACAUUUAAAACAACAUACCAGCAAUAUACAGGCUAUGAUUCUGAUGAGAAGUAUUUCUCUGUCAUUGAACUUUCAAAUUCUGAGCAAAGCUAUGGAUAAAUUAAUGAUUGCCAAUUUAAUUUCUUAAAAUCUUUUUAUAAGAAUGAAAAUUUCAAGCAUUCUUUAUAAAUAAAAAAUGGACUAAGUGGUAGUUCAUAAUAUGGGAAAUAUGGUGUUGUAUCUGGAAAGGGUUCUAAAUUCUAUACAGAUAAUGAAACACUCUUAAAGAAUUUAAUGUGAAUGCCUCUUGGGUUAAAGAAUUUUUAUAGUGAUGAUUGAGUGCCAUGAAGUUAAUACUUGCAAUCCAUAUUGCUGUAGUUUACACUUUUCUCCGUUUCAGACCUGGUGUGCACUAUUUGUACUAAGCAUACCACAAAGUGAAUUAUCCAAAGUCCAUUGAUUUUAAUGUGUUUUGAUUUGUAAACAAACUUAUAGUAAUUUCUUGCACAUUUUUGAAACGUAAUUGUAUAAGG